AUGACAAACAGUGAGGGAAGCCGUGCUUCACAGAGGAGAAUGGUUGAGGGUGAAUCAAGCAAUGCGAUUCAUGAGAGGCAAAGGUUGCAAGCCGAGUUGGAAGGAAUCAGUCAAAUAAUCGAAGUUUCUGAGGCUGAGGGGUAUGAUCAGGCAGCACUGGAAUCUGAGAGUGAAAGAUUGAGGGAAGAGAGGAGGACCAAGAAGAGGAAUGACCCAAUAAGUAGUGAGAGUGAAGAAGGAGAGUUUGAGAUUGGGGUCCAUCAUGGAGAAGAGGACAGUGAAGGCUCUUCAAGUGAAGAAGGAGAAGAGUUUAAUCAAGAGAUUGAUGGGGAUAACCAAGAUGAGCUGAUGUCUUUUGGAGCAUUCUGGAGCAUAUGGGACAAGGAGCAUGGAGGGACUUGGCACAUGGAAGCAGCUCAACUGGAUACGCAAAGGAAGAAGGGAGAAGCCAUCUUGAAGACCAGCUCGACCGUCUACUCGACCAACCGGUCGAGUUCCUCAACUCGACCGGCCAAGCUUCAACUCGAUCGAGCUGAGAAGUCAACAGUCAAACCCGAAAAAUGUGUAUGCGAACUCGAUCGAGUCGGUCUACAGAGACUUGGUCGAGCUAGACUUACAACGGGUAGAAAGAGGGUUCAGAGGUCACAGAGGGUACAAGAGGAACCUGAGGUGCUUGUUGCUGAUACAAUGGAUGUACCAGAGGGGAAUGGAAACCCUUUGGGAAUGGACUCGGUCGAGCUAGGCAAACUCGACCGAUUGGUCAAGGAGAUGCUCCAAACCGCCACCAACAGAGACAAGGGAUUGUUCCACCACCAGUGCAGAACCACAACUUUGAGAUCAAGCUGGGAAUGA